CUGUCGAACACCGCAGACCAUUUGGAGACCGGGCGGUUCAUCUGGAGAAGCGACACACACUCCAAGGACUCGACGGCACCCCCCGCCAACCCAGAGCCACCAUGGGGAUUCACAGUACAGAUGCGACCAUUCGAACCCUGAACGAAGUUGCGGAUUUAAGCGACGUCAGUUUUGGCCACGGAUACCCCCGGCAUGGCUUGCGACUGCUGCACUGGCUGGCGAACAGCUGGAUCACCUUCAGGGACGGGAAGGACGGCAAGAUGAGGGCUGCAUGCGACCCCGCCGCUGGUGCUUUCGGCUUUCGCCCUUUCCACAACGUGGAGAAGAUCCUGCCUCCACUGAACAACCAGAGCAAGUACUUCGAGGUGGGGAACCUCUACGUUGAGGGGGCCGAGAGGUUGCCUUUCGGCCCGGCCCGCGGAGGAGGGGACGCGAGCAACACGGACCGCAUCAUCGUGAGAAUGGAGCCCGGUUUGGUGGUCGCCAAGGUCUACGUCACGGAGCACGUGCCCCAGCACAACAGCUUCUGUGUGGAAUCUACACGCUGCGUCAGCAGGCAGCUCAUCCAUUGUGCGCGAAGCCUGUCGGAGAGCAGCUUCCUCCAGCAGGCCGACUAUAGGCGUGACGCCGUCGUCCACGAGCAAGCGUUUCGCGGAAAUGGGAAGGCUUCCGCUCGGAAACGCGUGUGCAACUGCGUCAUACUGUGAUUGAGGCUCCCGUCAUCUCAGAGCUCUUACUGCUCUGAACGAAUCAAUAUAAACAACACAUUUUAAAUAAUGUCAGUUUCUUUGUUUUUUUGGUUUUCUUCUUUUGAAACGCCUUAAGGUCGUCUGUAGUGAACUUUCUAGAAACAAAAUACUCCCCGUACAUAAACUAUGCAUAAACUGUUAGUAUAUAUGAAUUAAUACACAUGAAUC